AUGGCGCCCAAACGACCUCUGGACAGCGAUGAAUCGGCAAAAGUUGGAGCAAAGAAACCUCGCUUAGAGGGAGAUGGAGAUGGCGACGUAGAGAUGUCUGAUGGACUAUCUGCCUUUAUCGACCAGUAUGAGAUUGACGAUGAGCCUUUCCUCGACGGUGCCAAGGCAAAAGUGGUUGAUGAAACCCUAGUGCCUCAAAUCAGACUUGAUGACCUCGACUACGAUCAUGGUGGCUUCCCCGACGAUCUUGUCUACGAUGACAACGGAACCGUUCACUCUGGAUAUUACAACCCAAUCUCUCCAAGCUAUAAAAUGCCCAAGUCACCCGUAACUACGUCUAGAGCCUCAACCUCGGAAAUCUCCUUUCCCGCCAGUAUGAUUUUGAGAGUCAGGGAUGCAGUGUUGAAGUUUCCUAAGGUCCUCAUACCUCAAAUUAUGAAGUCAACUCCAGAGAAACACGAAAUUUUCGAAUUGUUCGAAAAUGUCAAACGGCUGGAUGGAGGCUGGAUCGGUGUCGAGGGAAAGCUGGGAAAGGGUGGUCAGGGAUGUGCUCGACUGUUUGUCAAAGUUGACGACCAAAAGAGAAUUACCAAACGAGUUGUGAUCAAAGAUUCGUGGCAGCCGAUAGAGUUGUGGGCUCAGGAAGACUGGUGGGAAAAAGGCAGGCUUGGAUACGAUCCUCGGGAAUCAAUAAUGAACAGACUGUUGAGUUUACCGACGCCCGAGAGAUGGGAGAGAUAUAUCGUCGAGUAUCUGGGCCAUUCCAUCAACCAUAUAUGGAAGGUUAGCAGGACUUACAUGGAGUAUUGCGACGGGGGCGAUCUGCACAAUCUCAUGAACGCACAGAUAAAAGCCUACCGGCACCUCAACCCAAACUAUGGAUCUGAGGGAAGUGGACAUGAUUCCCCCAAAUGGGUUGACUCUGCAGCUGGAACAAGAGCGCCUGAGCCGUUUAUCUGGUACUAUUUGAAGCAGAUGGCCGUCGCAUUGCAUCGCAUGAACAACAUACCCCUGCGCAGAUAUAAAGACAACUACCAAGUGGUCCAUCAAGACAUCAAACCGCAGAAUAUUUUCCUCACACACCCAGAUCCUGAAGACUUUCCACAGUAUCCAAUUUGCAAGGUCAGUACUCCUAUCAUCCACAAGAUUCCGCAACAGAUUUCUGACCAUGCUGCAAAGAUCGGCGACUUUGGUUCCUCACAUGUCACUUUUCCACUCGAUCCUGACAACCCGGGGGAAUAUUACGAUGCAGUGACACCUGGUUAUAUUGCCCCAGAAAUGGAUGAAGACGUGUGUAAUAAAGAGGCAUGGGAGCUCAGCUCUGCCACAAAUAUUGCAAUGUCGGCCGUAACCCUGAUGAGACUGGAAAACCCGGACUCGAUAAAUUACGAGGAAAAAGGCUGGCAGGAACCAUUCACGCAUGAUCUCGCCGAUCUGACCUUCGAUUACAGUAUCGAACUCCGGGACCUACUUGAGGCAAUGUUGAGCAACAAUCCUGCAUCUCGACCCAGACCUCGAGACAUCAUCGAGUGGCUAUACAGUAAAGAUGUUCAACCUCACUGGAGACAGAUGGCCACGGCACCAGACUGCAACGAUUUUGAAUUGUGUUCGUCUUCGGAUGACGACGACGACGACGAAGACGACAACGACAAUGCAACUGUCAAGGCGAAGGCGAAGAAGCUUCUGGAUGUUGUAGGCUCAGCGGUGAUGGCAGGCACGGAUGACGACGAUGAGGAGGAAGAAGAAGAAGAAGAAGAAGAAGACGACGACGAGGAUGAUGAAGGGGGUGAAGAAGAAGAGGAAGUGGAGGAAGAAGCAGAUGGAACCGAAGACCUCGACCCAGACUUCAAUGAUCCCAUGGCAGGAUCGAGUGGUCCAUCCCUUUCGAGCGGAAGCCCAUACAAACCUCCUCGCAAAAGAUGA